CACAUGGUGGCGCUUUUUUUCAAGAUGGCUGCGUAAUUGUGCUGACGAUUGACGUACGUACGUAUGACCGACCGGUGCUGAGUCAAAUUUCAAUCGAGUUCACUGAAGGAAUUGCCUUCAACUAUGAUCAACGAAAAUGGGCAAUGCCAAGAUGAGUCGGAGCUUAUGCUUGCGGCACCGCGUCAAAAUUAUUGUGCUGGUGAUGAUAUCUGUGUGCACUGUUACUGCCGUGCUGUUCCUCUACAAAUCGGAGGAGUUGCAUGCCAGACGUCGACCAGGCCUGAUUCCUUUCACAGAAAACCACAACCCUCUUGCCACCAAAUUACUUCAGGAAGGGUUUGUCAUUGGGAGAAACGGCAUCCGAGUUGGACCUGGGGACCUCACGGAAGGACAACUCUAUGGAAAGGAAGGGCGGGAAUUGCGUAAAGAGCUGGAAAGGUUAACCCUACUUCAACAGGCCAAUGUGUCCAAAUACAAUGAAAAUGUCAAGGGGAGUGAUAAGAAUGUCGGCGAAGGUAGCCGAAAAAAAUACAUGAUGAGGUCCGAGGUCCGAAAGGCUCUUCAGCAGAGAGUUGUCAACGGGACCAGAUCAGAUAGCAAGAAGCAAGCUUGCGUGGUUCCUGAACUCAAUCCCUUUGAUGAGUCCAUAAGGGAACACAUCAGGGAGCCGGAACCCCUGAAGUGUGAGGGGAUCAUGCUCACCGAUGUCAAGAACAAGCAGCUUGUGCUGCGGAAAGUGUUAUCCCAAAAGAUCAAGUAUGAGACCUGCUAUGUGUCGACUAUCGAGAGAGUGUCAGACUUUUCCAGCCUUGUUUCGUCACCCGUCAAGGUUCGUGUUGAUAACCAGCAUCACUCAAAGCCGGAAGAAAUUCCGCUAAGGUAUAAUUUGACCUCAGACUUUACCGCCGUGGUUUGCCUGGAUGAAAAAAGUGACAUUAGCAACUCGGAGUUUAAUGACGCCUUCACUGAUAUAAGCAAUGAGGAGGAAUUCGAUGCCUUCUACAGGGCAAGUCCUGGACUUUUUGGUCUGCAUGCCAGUGUAGUUCCCAGGCCUGAGGUACUGCAGCGGUUGCGCAAAAUCAAACCGCCCAAGGAUGGUCUUGGAGUUAAUGUCAUUAUGCUUGCCAUUGAAGCCACCUCCAGGAUGAACUUCAUCAGGCAGCUUCCCCAAACAACUGAGCUCCUUGCAAAGUUAGGGAGCAUAGUUCUGGAAGGAUAUAACAUUGUUGCCGAUGCCACAGCAGGCGCAAUGAUCCCGAUGCUCACAGGUAAGACAGAACUUGAGCUACCCGAGAUCCGAAAAGGUGAACCGCGUUCCAAAUCGGUGGACACGUACCCAAUGAUCUGGAAAGAGUUUGCCAAGAGCGGGUAUGCCACAAUGUUUGCCGAGGACAGUCCAGGCAUGGCCACCUUCAAUCUGCGAUUCAACGGCUUCGAGGAACAACCCACAGACCAUUACAUGCGGACUUUUUGGAAUUCUGCCAAGGACAGGCGCCACUGUCUUGGUCCGCGGCCUGUUCACAAUGUCAUGCUGAACUACCUGUUUGAUUACAUGACCGAGUACAAGGACAAGCCCCACUUUGCCUUAUCAUUCCUGGUUGGCCUGACUCAUGCUAACAUCAACCCACUGAAGUUGAUGGACGACGACCUGUACUGGUUUCUCAACAACGCCCACAACCAGGGUCUCCUAAACAACACGAUGAUCUUCAUGUUUGGCGAUCACGGGUCGCGAUACUCUGCAAUACGCAAGACUCUACAAGGGAAGCUCGAAGAACGCUUGCCCUUCAUGUCAAUCACCUUGCCGGACUGGAUGCCCAAGCGUCACCCAGACAUGGUCCAGAACCUACUGAUGAACGCUAAGAGACUUGUUACACCGUUUGACAUCCAUCAGACUCUGCAAUCUGUGCUGCACUCUAGCACCAGGCCUGUUAGCGUGAAGCAGCGUGGAAUAAGCCUUUUCCGUGAAAUCCCACUGGAGAGAACAUGUGACCACGCCCAUGUUGCCCCUCACUGGUGUUCCUGCAUGACCUGGGAACCAGCUAGUGGGGAUUGGGCAAGUGAUCUUGCAUCUGCUGUCCUUGAUGAUAUCAAUGCCAAGACGGAGGUGGUCCGACACAAGUGUGCCAAACUCCGCCUGAACGUGGCCCUACACGCUGAAAAGAUGGUCCCAAAUGAACAGGUUUUGCGAUUUAAGAACACAGAUGAUGACCAUAGAGAAGCGGCUUUCAGCGACAACUCUACCGUUCAGGUUGAUGAGCUGCCUGUUCUCUACCAGGUCACCGUGGAAACCUUGCCUGGUAACGGCCUCUACGAGGGCACGGUCAGAGUGCUGCCGCAGAGCAAGAAUCAGUUCAUCGUCUACCAGUCUACCGGGGACAUCAGUCGUAUCAAUAGGUAUGGUAAACAGGCCGACUGCAUCCGGCGAUCCCGGCCCAACAUGAUGCCGUUCUGCUACUGCAAAGACAACAAAAAGCCGAAACGGAGAUUGUAAUGUAUACCGGAGUUGUGGUCAAGUGCAUCUCAAGUCAAAUCACAAGACGGUCACUAGCCUUGAAUGCAAGGCUGCAUACGUGCUUUAAGAGCUUGCGCACAUUCGGCUCCAUCCACACUGCGAAACUCCGAUCCAAAGGUACACACAAAACCCACAAUGCAUACUGCAAACACACUGCCGCUGUGCAAGAAUCCCAAGCAUGUACUCUGAAGCAGUCUUUACAGCCUUGCAUUCAAGGCUAUAUACAGCCUUGCAUUCAAGGCUAACACAGCCUUGCAUUCAAGGCUAUACACAGCCUUGCAUUCAAGGCUGUACACAGCCUUGCAUUCAAGGCUUUACACAGCCUUGCAUUCAAGGCUUUACACAGCCUUGCAUUCAAGGCUAUACACAGCCGUGCAUUCAAGGCUGUACACAGCCUUGCAUUCAAGGCUGUACACAGCCUUGCAUUCAAGGCUGUACCCAUCUUGCAUUCAAGGCUGUACACAGCCUUGCAUUCAAGGCUAUACACAGCCUUGCAUUCAAGGCUAUACACAGUCUUGCAUUCAAGGCUAGAUAGUCACAAGUGAGGUUACAAGUGACUGUGGGUCAAUUAUGACAAAUAAUUCCUUCACAAUUCAUUUGAAUAGCUUGUGACUUGAUAUUGAAGGAGUUAUCAUUUUCCAUUGUU